AUGAAGAGCUGUCAUGGACUUUGUAAGGAUCCCUCCUCUGGCGGUUACCUGCCUCUGCUGACGAGUUUUCGAUGCCAGUGGUCUCGACUGAUAGGCGGCGCCGCCUCCGGCUCGUCCAAGGCCAUGCGCAAGAACCCGACUGGAAAACGACUGGCAGCAUUCAAGCACACAUGCAAUACCCUCUACCAAAUAUGGCGGAACUCGCCCUCGCUGUCCCCUGAAUCGCCCUCGAUCCCCUUGAUUCGAAGCUCCCUGAACCGCCUCAAUGACAUCCUUCGGGACGAGUCUCGGGGCCCGUCGCCUCACCCAUGCCACUCAGACGCCGCUACGUCUCAGGUAUACUUGACCGUGACCAAGUUGGCGUUGGCCACGCACGAUCCGGCCGUGGUCUCGGCUGCGGCGGUGCUGUUAAACACCCUGAUCGAGUCUGAGGUUGAUGGGAUAGUGGACAGCACCGUCUUCGCGCGUGCCCUUGUCGACCUGGUCUCGCAUGGUAAUGCUUCCACCUGCAUCGACCGACAUGAUCUUGAAGACGGAGAGUCGAAGCUGGUCGAGCUCGUGUUUGGCGUGGCCAACGUCAUCCGUCUCCGGCCAGAGAUACUGCCGGCCUGGUUCUCGCCUGAGGAGAAGAAAGAUGGGUUCGACGAGCCGCAGAGGAUAGAUCCGUCGUUGAGAGCCGGUAAGGAGUUUGCGGGUGUGACCAGGAGAGACGACUUUCCGCUUUUUUACCUGUUGGUGGAUUACGUGCACUACGAAGGGAGGACGGGGGACUUUGCCCGAACGGGGCUGCUAUAUAUAAUCGAGACUGCGUCCAAGGUUAAGGAGCUGGAGAGAUGGCUUAUCGAGAGUGAUAUGGCUACUUUGAUGGCCAUUGGGCUCGGGGCUUCCUACAGCCAACUCAGCCGGCUCCUGAUAUCAACCGACAGCCAUGAAGAUAUCCCGGCUAUCAUUGCCCUGUCGGAUCAUACUGACCUAGAUAACACCGUGCAUCACUCGCACCAGGGCCAGCUUGACGCAUUUCUCUCCUACCUUUUAUUCUGGCAGGAUGCCAUUGACCAUUGCAAGUCACCCGAAGUAACCGACACGCUUCUCGACCACUUCCAGGUCUUGUUCCUUGAGCAGCUUCUGUACCCCUCGCUGCUGGAAUCAUCCGACGUAGCAGGCGGCUCUACGUCGUCAGUAAUCACCUACCUGAGCCGCAUACUGGAGUCCAUCUACCAGCCAGUCCUGGUCAACCGGAUAUUGAACUUCCUGCUCGCCUCUCCAGCCAGUGAGCAACAGCAUAUUGGGCUCAAAUCCACAAAGAAAAGCCGUAUGUCGCUGAGUCGGCGAAAGUCACUGGAUAUACUGGCCUCAUUUGCCGAAGCAGCGGCCAAACCAUCUCCGACUCUCUUCAACCUAGUCGAUCUCAUCCUCAUGGGCAUACGGUCACAUAACCGGCAGACCGUGGUGGCAACGCUGCGACUGAUAACAGUUGUGAUACAGCACCACCACGAGUUUGCAAAUCUACUGAUCAAGUCCGCGAGAGACCAGGGUUCACAUCCGACAGAGCUGCGUACGGUGGCUGCACUCAACGCAGAGGUGCAGCGAUUGUUUACUUUUGCCACAAACCUCCUGGAUGACCCAGGAAUUGAACCUUCGUAUGAGAACUACAUCUCUUGCGCCUUGUCGGUGCUGUACCAGCGGAUGCACAGCCAGAGUCAUGUAUUGCCGUGGCUAGUGGACACCAGGGGAGGAGUGUUUUCAGGGAUGUUGGACCUGCUACGGAGGUUCUUUACGAACAGCGUGGUGACCAACCUGGCACUGACGAACUCCUUUUCUGCUCUGGCUUCUUCAGACCUGAUAUCCCUGGACGGCUGGCUGCUGCCUUACCCUGAAGAGCAUGCUGCCAACGGACAGACGGAGGAUUCUGCUGCCGCCGUUGCUGCCGCUACUGCUGCUACCACUGCUACCAAUAUCGAGACUGAGCCGGUGCUAUCAGCUAUCCUGCAGCAGCUCGUCCAACAGGUCGAGAAUUGGCGCACCGAUAUCUCAGACUUUGAUCUCCUGCUUGCUGCCCGCAGGGAACUGCUGCACCGUGAGGACCAGUCCGAAGCCACGGGAACAGCCUCUCAGCAGGCCAAGGACGAGCAGCACCAGUCCGUCUCUGCCACGGAUGAACCAGACACAGAGUCAGCAGCCGCAGUCACAGCCGCAACGACAACGAAUCCAAGAGAACCGUCUCCCACAGCGCCCCAGCUCUCAGCCCGAGUCAACGUCCAUCCACCGGCGGAGUCAACCUCGCCCUCAACAGCCUUGCUGCACCCACUUUCACGGACGCCGUCGUCCUCCCUACAGGUUGUCCACGAGACGCCAGGCUCCAGCACCGCUCCCUCUGAAGCCGGAGAGACAGAAGCGGCCAGCGAGAAGGAGGAUGAGGCCUCGCUGAACCACAUCCUGACCAACGUCGUGAUACUGUACGAGUUCAUCCUGGAGAUUACCGCGCUGGUACAGGCCCGCGCGAGUGUCCUGCAGGACGUCCGCUUCUAA